AUGGGUUUAUGUGGAAAAGACAGCGAAUACCAUUUCUCAGCUUCUCACCAGACAUCCAAUGCUGAGGAAUUGAGACAUGGUGAGUAGGUGAGCUCUCCCAUAGCAGGUGCCUCUGAUCUCCACUGUGCUAGUUUGAUUACAGCAAUGGAUGUAUGUUACUUCAGAUGCUGGCAAUGAAGUUAGUGUCAGACAUGUGUCCAGCUUGGGGCAAGUGCCCCCAAGCAUAGCAAAUCAAAGAUCUGAGAUGGGUGUCACAUAGGUUUAAUGCCCACCUUUUGGAAGGACCAUUGUGGUGAAAUGGUGAGCUUUACACUAGAGUGUAAAUCUCAAAGGACAGAUUAUAUUCCAACAUAUGCCUGAUGUUUUGUCUUUAUAAAUGGUAAUGUGACAUUCUAUGUCCAGCAAUCUGUGUGAAGACUUGUGAUAUGGAGUUUGCUUGGAGGGGACAAUGACUUUGUGGCCUGGUUUAUUGAACUGGUCAACUUGCUUAGUCUGAUACCUGGCUGACCCAGCUGAAUGGGUUGGGGAGGGGUGGUGUGGGUUUUUUUUUUUUCUCAGACUUUAAGUUGGGAAUAAAGGGUGCUCAGUUAUGUUUAAUGUCCUCAUAGUGCUGUCAUGCAAUGUCUGAAACUAAAAUGCUUUACGCUACAUUACCCAUCUUCCAAUGUAACCAAGCUAGUCAACCCUUUUUAAUGCAUCAGUGUAAACUGCAGCACUAAUGGAAUGUUAAAGCUAUACUCAGUGUCUGUAUCUGUGCGCACAUGUGAAUGGGGACAUGGAAGUAUGUAGUUCUUAAUUGGUAUACUAAUUCUUAGUUGUUUACAAGGGACAUUAGGUUUAUCUCUGCUCUACCAUUCUACAUAAGAGAAGGCACUUGUGCAAGAUGGAAGGGAACAAUCUCAAGUCUUCAUUAAGAUAACUAAAAACUUGCUGACUUUAUUGUGAUAAGUCCUGCUGUUGCUCUAUGCUAGAUCUUAACCUCAGCCAGUUCUUCUUCCAAAUAUAUAAAACAGUGUUUCCUCUAAUUUCAGAUACCAUCCUGUUUGCCAUCAGCAGUGACUAUGUGGCUAGAGCUGGCCUACCGCCCAAGGAUCGUAUGGAUAGCUACUACGACAGAUCUACUGCUGUAGGGAAGCUAAAUAAUGUAACCAAGAUUGUGUUAAGCCCUGAAGGGCAGCUCUUUGCUGUCCGUGGCAGGGAUCUUCAUACUGGGCCUAUGCCUCUGUCUGCAAACCUUGACUGGUUCUCUACUGCCAAGAGAGUGGGAAAAGCUGAGUGGGUUCAAUUUAAAUUUCUAUUCUUUGACCCAAAUGGGCUUCUGUAUGCAGCUACAAAAGAUGGGGAGCUCUACAAGGGUCCAGCACCAAGCAAUGAAAAUGUGUCCUGGCGUUAUGGUCAAGCAACCAAGAUAGGAAACUCUGGUUGGAAUAAACAUGAUGCGCUUUUCUUUGACCAAAAAGGCAAUCUGUAUGCUGUGACCGAUGGUGACAAGCUUGUGGUGGGAAGCCCUCCAUCCACAACAAACGAUAAAUGGCUUGACUCCUGCACCACUAUUGGAGAUGGUGGCUGGCGAAUUCUCACCCACUUCAUGAAGAUCAGCCUUGAUGACCUACUGUGGUGUGUGGAUUCACGCAAUGGCAACAUCUAUAAAGGGAAAAUUCCAACUAAAGAUGAUACCAACUAUUUGGAUAAGGCUGACCUCCUAGGUUGGAGCUAUAAUAUGUACCGCUUUCUAGCCUUCACUGCUGAUAAAACCAUCCAGAGUGUUGUAAGCUUUGAAUUCCUACCUGCAUCAGGUAAAAUACUCUCUCAGCAGCCAGAGGUGGUCCAGUCUCAAAUCUACAAGAAUACGAGCAGCGUUCCCUUAAAGUACUCCUUCUCGUAAGUAUAGGCUGAAUGUUAGCCUGACACUCUUGCUUACAGAUGGGUUUAAUGUUCCCAUAAGCUCAAAAUGGGCUAAUAACAGGCAAAUAUCAUCAUGCUUCUCAAAUGCAUCAUAUUCUAGACUCCAAAUACCCUGUUCACUUUCCAGUUUAAUGACUACUUUUCAUUGCAUCCUAACACUCUGCCAGUUUAAUUUUUUUUAAUCUCAUGUAUUGCUUUACAUUGGUUUGUAAUAUCCCUCCAAACUUGUUACUGGAGGUUGAGGGUAUACUCCACUCGGUGUAAGCUGUAUACUCUGCUAGCUCAGUGGUUUUCAAUUCUUCUUAGAUUCUCCAAAACCAUGACUGAGACUAGCAGCUUUACCCAGGAGCAUGGCUUUACAGUAGAAGUUGGAGCAGAGGUCACUUUUACUGCUGGCAUCCCCUUUAUAGGUGACAUGGAGACAAGCAUUUCCAUCAACACCAGUACCACUCACACCUGGAGCUUCUCAAAGACCAAUGAAACACAGGUAUGUGUCUGACAUGCUAGUUGGGUUUUGGGAUCUGUCUGCAUACUGGCCACGGAGUAUCAUUUUGUGGCAAAUUUUGCAAGCUGAUGUGCAUUUUAACUUUGCCUCUUACCACAUGCUCCUUCCAUUCUGUGCAGAUCCUCUAAAUCGUCAGUUCCUGUCUGUCCAAUUACACAUCUUCCACCUUUACAUUACUUCAGAAUAUCUGAUUUAUUGUCUUCAAAAUGUUUUUUUUAAUAUAUUUAAUAUGAAGGUCUAAUCCCUCAACAUAGCCAGCGACACUACCUUUUUUGUUCCUGACUCACUCUAGCAAUCAACAGAACUAGUGUUAUGAAUGGAAGCUUUCUUUUAAACACCUGCUAUUCAACCCUCCAUUCUAAUGCAUGUUUCUAUCUACAGACUAGCUUCUCAGCCAGCACGGAUGUAGAGGUGCCGGCUGGAAAGUCUAUACGUAUGAUGGCUUCUGUCACAAAAGCACAAAUGGAUGUGCCAUACACUGCCAAGAUCUGUACCCUGUUUGGCUAUGAAACCACCAUCCAGGGAACAUGGAAAGGGGUCACUCACUACAACCUGAUGGUCACUCAGGAAGACUACAGUGGCUGA